GGGGGGGGGGAAUAUAACCUCUUCCUGUUCUUGGAGAUGCAGGCUCGUGCCAACUACCGCCACCGCGUGGACGGGAAGUCCACUAAUAGUGUCACCCGCGGGGUACUCUUUUUAUGGCUUAUGGCUAUGAUCAUUUUGGAGCGCUGCGGGAUCCAAAACCGGCGCAAAUCAACCUAGAAAGCUGUGGUCUGGACAAUUUUAACCGCUGGGAACGUUGUUGGUUUUUUUGGCUACUUUAUUCUCAUUCUGCGGCGUUUGACCCUUUGCUGGGUCUUGACCGUUCAGAUGAAAUUAGUUUUUGAUGACAAUGGCUGUACCGGGACCAUGAAGUGUCACCGGGGCGUGAGGACCUCGAGGACUAAGCACAUUUCUUCAGUGAGGGAUCAAGGGGGUGCCUGCGGGUUUUUUUUUUCCCUGUCACGUGUUCCAAAGCACCUUUCAUUUUCGUUCUGUUUGUCUUUGCCUUCCUUUCUACUAUUUUUCCUGCUUGUUCUGAACAAGGGCGGAUGCUUCUUUCUCUGCUCCUGCACCCAUGCGUCGCCCUGUAUGCCAGGAAAGUCUCUGUCACAAAUCAACAGUUGGCAUCCCCUGAGAUGUUUGCCACCAAUAAGUGGACCUUUUUGGAGCUCCGGCUGGGAAUCAGUGAGAUGGCUGAAUGGAUGGAUGAAAGGAAGGAUGUGGGAGCACAGCAGUGUGUCGGUAACUUGGCACGCGAUGGCAGCAGGCCCCGCCCCAUCCCCAUUUAGCGUAAGCCCGCUUAUGGGCUCAGCUAAUUGGUUUAGGAGCCGGCGUGGGCCACUUUGCGCCUGGAGCGAACCUGGAGAAGCCGUGCCAAGACUUUGCGCCUCAUCACUUGCAAGUUGCGGCCGCGCACAAUGGGUGCCCCCCCAGCCCCCCGUGGCCUGGCCUGAUGGAUGCGGAGGCUGACCUAGCGUAGCGGCAAAACCCAAGCACCAAGUUUUGUCCACUGUGUGCUCAAGAUGCCCUUCAUGCCGGUCAAGUUCAACCUGAAGAAGCGGGUCAAGCUGGCCCAGGGACUGUGGAUCCUCUACUGGGCAUCGGUCCUGGCCAGUGUCCUCCUCUUCGGCCUGGGUGUCUUCUUUAAGGUGGAGCUGCGCAAGAGAAGCGAGCUGAUGGACGAGAACGAGAGCCACCUGGUGCCCAACCUACUGAUCCUGGCCGGGCUGCUGGCCUGCGCCCUCAACAGCUUUGGAGCCAAAGUCUGCCACGACUCGCUGGACCCGCUCAAAUUCUCCAAGUGGAAGCCCAUGCUGAGAAAGUUCCUGCUGCUGUGCUGCAUCUUCAACAUUUUGAUGCUGCUGCUGGCGCUGCUCUCUUUCCUCAUGCAGUUUGCUGUCUACCUGACGCUAUCGCAAGGCCUCAAGAAUAGCAUUCGCUUCUACAAGGACACCGACACGCCAGGGCGCUGCUUCAUGAAGCGCACGCUGGACUUGACGCAGAUUGAGUUUCGUUGCUGCGGCAACGUCAACUUUAGGGACUGGUUCGAGGUACAGUGGAUCAGCAACCGCUACUUGGACAUGAGCAACGGCGAAGUCAAAGAUCGCGUCCUGAGCAAUGUGGACGGAAAAUUCCUGAUGGACAGUGUCCCGUUCAGCUGCUGUAAUCCGGGAUCGCCUCGACCUUGCAUCCAGCACCACCUGACCAACAACUCGGCCCACUACGACUACGACCACCGCACCGAGGAGCUCAACAUCUGGACAAGGGGCUGCCGCGAGGCUCUCUUCUCCUACUUCAGUGGCCUGAUGACUGGCGUUGGCGUGCUUGUCAGCGCCUUCGUUCUGCUGCAGUGUGCUGAUAUGGCAGGAUUGAAGUACCUAAGCACGGCUUUGGAGACCAUGAGUGACCCUGAGAACCCAGAGUGUGACAGCGAAGGUUGGCUGCUGGAGAAGAGCAUCAAGGAGACGCUGGGGGAGAUGCUGGCCAAAAUCAAGAUGCUGGGCAAGUCUAACCACGUCCAGGAGGGUGACGAGGCAGGCAACGCCUGAGACCCACGCACGUGCCCGCCCUCCCGCUUCCUCACAAAACCACCCUGUAAAUAGAAACCUCACAGACACGGUGCCACCAACAUCACUUCAUUUUUUAGAUUAGCAUGUAAUCGUGUUUUUUCACUUUUAUACUCACUCACUCACUCACUCACUCACUCACUCACUCACUCACUCACUCACUCACUCACUAAUCACAAACAAUGGAUGAACAUAAAAUCAUAUCCAGUUCUUAUUACGGCUGACGUGGAACUUUUUUUUUUUACUUUUGCAGCACACAAAAACACACGCACACACACACACACACACAGCACAUUAUUGUAGAGAUGUUUUCAAGUUUCAAGUCAUCCUUUGUUCCUAACUAAUAUUUGUGAUAUUUUGUCUUGCAGAGAUUUUAGUCCCCAAAUGUAUAAAGAGAUUAUGAUUGACA